GUGGUUCUGUCGCCGGCUUUAAUGGCGAGCUCACGAUUACUCCUCCGUUUUGCAAAACCUAGAAUCCUAGAAAACAUCUUUACUCAACAACUCCUCCCACAACGAUAUCUAUCUACUACAGUCUCGCCGUCUCAUCACAAUGACCACCAACGCAACCACCAAUAUCACGCACGAAACGACUAUCUCAACAGCUGGAAACCACCCAAGGAUCCUAAAGAGGCUCAAUCAAAGCUCUCUCGGCUUCGUCGGGACUACGCGAUGAAGGUAAAGGCGGUUCGCAAGGAGUACAUUCAGGAAAUGGAGCUUCAGAGGCUCGACAAGCAGAGAAAAGAUGAGAUCAAAAAAGAAGCUUUGAGGGUUGAAGGUGAAGAGCGUAAAGCUGCUAAAGCCGCCGCGAAAAAAGCGAAAGCCGCUGAACGUCAAUUGGCUCAGGAAGAGUUCCGGCAAACCCUGUUAAAAGAAAGAGCCGAGAAGCUUGAAUACCACAAGAUGAGAGAAAACAAAAUCAUGGAGAAGAAGAAAGAGAAGAGUCAGCUUCUGCAUCGUCAAAGUUCCAUGUGGAUCGAUGAGCCUGAAUUGGAAGGUAAGAUAUUGGAAGCCAUUGUUGCUGGUACUAUAUGAAUGCAGUUAUUUAUCCCCCAUGCUGUAUUUACUCAUUUGUGAGACUUCAAUUUUCCUUUGCUUUUCGGUUUUAAUGUCUCGCUUAAUAUUAGCCUUGAAAUAUAUGCUGUACUUUUUAGCUCUAGACUGCUGUUGGUCUUUAUUUUCUUUUAGUAGUGAUGUUAGCCUGUUUGUUAGC